UGCACAACAACUCAUCUUUCCUGACAGCUUGGAGUUGUCGGGAAAGUUUUUCCCCUCUCCGAACAACGGACAUGCAAAGAGUGUGGUCUAUGUAAGGUGUGCGCAUUCAGGUGUCAUCGGCAGGUACGAAAGGAAUUUAUCUUGUUUGAUCGCAUACUGGAUCAAGACUAAGUAGCAAAGGCCGUGGAUUGUUCACCGAAGAGGAGACACCCCGCUACUUGCAAAUUCAAUCUUUGCGCGCUUUGGCGAGAGAGCGCCGUGCGCACGGCCGCAGACCGGGGACAUCUCGGGGAGACAUUGAUUUCUGUUGAUUGCGAUCUUUUUAAAGCAAAUAAGAUCCUCAUGCUGCUUCCAGCGAAACAAUUGCACUUCCUUUAUCUCUCUUUUCCCUGGGAUUGCACAUCUCCUCUUGGAUUUUGUGUGUGAGACACUGGCGGGACUCCGCGUCAAAGGCUGGAAACAGGUGUAUUUGACCAAGAUGUCUGUUAUGCCUUCGAGGUUUUUCUACUUGUGUUUACAUUUUCUGGUCCUCUACUUCCAGUUACAGGAAUCGCACCAGAGUUCGGCUGACUUCCGGUUCUACAUCGAGAAUCACACUCGAGAUGACGUGAGCCGGAAACAGGUGCGGAUAUAUCAGCUCUACAGCAGAACCACAGGAAAACACGUGCAGAUCCUGGGCAAGAAGAUCAACGCCAAUGGAGACGAUGGGGGCAAGUACGCUCUACUUGUUGUUGAGACAGAAACAUUUGGGAGUCGCAUUCGAAUAAAAGGGAAAGAGAGCGGAUAUUACAUCUGCAUGAACAAGAAUGGCAAAAUUAUUGGAAAGCCCAAUGGGAAUAACCAGGAGUGCGUCUUCGUGGAGGAAUAUUUGGAGAACAACUACACGGCACUGAUGUCGGCCAAGUACAAAGGAUGGUAUUUGGGUUUCAAUCGAAAGGGCCGACCCAAGAAAGGCUCAAGGACCACGCAGACACAACAGGAAGUGCAUUUCAUGAAACGCCAUCCAAAGGGUAAAGUGGACCCUCUGGAGGAGUUCCGUUUCACAACGGUAACGAAACGGACACGAAGGGCACGGCGUUUAAAAUCCAACCCAAAAACUAACUGAAUCAGUGAGGAUGAGUAUGCACUGUUCCCUAAGGAUACCACAAGCUUCUUGCCGUACAACACCGUAAAGACCAGUCUUAUGGAAGAGGACACAAGUAAAAAAAAAAAAAAAUGGCUAUCGGAAACGAGACAAGAAGCUAAACAAAAAAGUUCAAAGAUGUUUUAUUUUUAUAUUUCAGAAGUGUCAAGUUUCUCCCACCUGUUGAAUGUUUAUGGGUUUUUCUAAAUCUAAAAUUGGUGUCUGUUAUUUUAUUUAUACUGGAUUAACUAAGGAUGGCAUACAUGGAACUAGUGUCUCAUGCUAUGACACGUUUACAGCAGAAGGCAUCCUGUUAAAACUCUGGAAUAACGACAAGAGUAAACCGCACCUCCUGGGAUACCUUUUAUUUUCUGAAAACAGGGAUCCAAUAUUUUCCACUGGAAUGGGUUGUCAUGGAGAUGCAACAAGAGAGUGAUAACAUAAUCAUGUGACCUUUACAGGCCUCCAUAGGUAAACGUCAAUCUUUGAGUGCAAUAUUUUGAAGAACCGUGCUGUUCCUGUCCUUUCGGAUGUUUUCCUGUGGGCCGCUGCUCUUCUGAGCAGACAACAGGCCCUUUAUGGGUGAAAUGUGCAGAACGCUCCGAGUACUAUUUGGUUCCUGUGACAUUUUGUAUAAUCUGUGAAUCAGUUUAGAUCGAUAUGCUUUGACCAGCCAGAUCAGCUGUGGUACUAGUUCUUUUGAAAGACAAACGAGAAGCUUGGAUAUGAAGGGAAUGGGAGAGAUAAGAGAGGCAUUUGAAAUGGCGUAUUGUAAAAAGGUUUCGGGAAUUCCAAUGGUCUGAAUGCCCUCAUCUACUUCACUAGUAUGUAACGCACCAUUGUGUACUUUAGCCAAAUGCAGCCUACGUUUCAAUGAUGCCAUAAUUACGUGCUGAUGAUAUUGUCACCCUGUGUCCUUUCUACAAACAACUUGGCUCCCAAAACAUGCAAAGACAAUCCUGCAAAAUGCAAAAACCAGGUAUAUUGCAGUACUCUUAAUUUCCAUGACAGUUGACUGAGAUUAAUCUGAAUACUUGCAUGUUAUUCAGCCAAUGAAUUCACACUGUCUGAACCAAAACCAGUUGUUCUAGUUGUCAGUUGUCUUCUUUCAUACUUUGACCAUGUACACACUGCAGUUAAAUCUGGUAGGCAAUCCUUUUUUGAGAUGACAAACUCUUUCCAUGUUUUCCAGUCAUAAUUUAGUGAUAUACUGUAUGAUAGUAUUUCACCCUGUAUCUGGCCCUCUGUCUGAAAUGCUUAAUUUUGACCUCAGCGUCUCCUUUAAACUUCAGUGUAAAUGCCCAAUGUUAUGAUUGACUAAACUCAUGCAGUACCUUUGAAUAUAACUAAAUGUAUUUGAAACUCAGUCAAAAAAGAAUGAACCGGCUCCACAACAAUAUAAAACUAAAUUUCAGGGUUUACACAUAACAUACACCCAAUUGCAUCCGUUUCAAACCAUUCAAUCAAUCACAGCAGCACCAUCGACUAUAAAUGUCAAGCAGUCAUAACAUGUGAAAGAUUUAUGAAUUGAGUUGGCUACUUACUGUUUUGCAGUCAGGUCCCCUAGUGUUUUUAACUGCCGCAUCUUUCAAUAAAAGUUCCUUUGCAAAGAUUGAACCAUAUUGUGACUGGUUUACAAGCAAUCCAAUCUGAAAUGAGCUGAAAAAACACAUAAUACACACUGAAAUGUGCCGAACACACACAAUGCAAUCCACACUGAAUUUUUCUAAACUCACAUAAUUACAAUCCACGCUGAAGACAUAAUCCAAUACAAGGUGAAACAUGAUGCACACACACACACAUUAUACUGCACUGAUGCGAACAGGAACUUUGUUAAACUUCAGACACUUUUCCUGAUGUUGGGAUGCUUCAACAGGGGCCAAGCCAGAGAUGCUGGUCUUCAUAGGUGCAUCUCACAUCUGGUUACUCUGGCCGAGACGUGGUUCUCCCAGACAGUGGCAGCAAAGGAAUGGAGCAGAACAGAUACGGUUUUAAAAGUUGAACUUGUACGUCAAAAGGCCAAAGAACUAGACUCCAGUUGCAUGCCGCAUAUUCUUUCAGGUGAAAUCUUUGCCACUCACAUUUCAAAAUAUCAGUGAAAUGUUGCUAUGGUUAUCAAUAUAUCAAGAAUUGCAAUUUUGAGCGUAACUCUUGUGUUGCACACACACACAAAACUGUAUUUUAAAUCAGAUUUUCACUCCCAAAAGUAUGCAGUGUGUACAUGGCCUUACUCUGUUCUAGAAUUGGUUUCUAGAACUUUCUCUAAUGGUUCAGACACAGGUGCACAAUGUCUGUGGGUCCGAGAUGUUCUCGAAAACUAACUGGAGUGGAAUUCCCUUCUGCAGAUGUUGGACUCCAGCCACUAAUGUUGAGGUCUACUCUCCAUAUGGGUAUAGCUGUAGUAAACACACAUCUAUAUACUCAUUGUAUGUCAGACUUUACUAAUAACCAUAGCACACCUACAAAAUCUGUAUGCAAAAAUAAUUUUAUUACUAUUAUAAAAUAUUUAUUGCCUUUCUCUGUAAAUAUGACUUGAAUUUAUUUUACCUCUGUUAAUAACAAAAAAAGAGGACUAUAUAUGGAAAAAUUAAUAAAUUUAUGUGUCGUCUUAUGUGGUUUUCUGUGGCAUUCAUAUAUGUGGACUUGUACUAUAUACAGUAUAUACAUGUAUGUAUGUAUAUAUAUACAAAUAUUCAGAUAAUUAAAAUACAUUCUUGUGGCAGAAGAGUUAAUCAUUGAUAAGACAGUACAAAAAGUGGCUUUAGAAUACAAUGUAUUGUUUAUUACAAUAUUAUUGAUCAUAAGUCAAUCAUUGGCACACAGUUCACAGCAAUCCAUUACACAAGUGAAUUUGUCAAUCAGUUGGAGAUUUAUUAUGAGGGCUUGUUUAAGAGCCGUCAAUUUCAACAAGCAUCAGACAUGCUUGUGUAGCGUCUCGGGUAAACAUAAUCAUAAACAUAAAAUGUUUAGUUCACUGUUUCAAGUUAAAUAUAGCUUAAUAUUUAGAACACAUCUUGAGAUCUCUUAGUUCCAAUUUGUGCUCCAUCAAGU